CCGCUCUACAAGCGAGCCUUUUUCUAGCUUCCCCUCGUCAAACACUCCUUUCCCUUCCCCAAAGCAAAGAAAAAAAAAGGAAGUAAAUUCCUACCCACCGUUUCCCCAUUCUUCUUCCUUCUGUUUCCGAUUCCAAACUUCCGUUUUCUCCUCUUCCGUUUCCCAUUGGAACUCGGAACGGCUCGCCGAAGGACCAGUCAUCCACCAGCUGCGGAAGGACUGAGAAAGCAGAGGGAGAGAAAGCUCUGCUAAGGCGGUGAUCGCUAUAACUUCGCCUGACAGUGAAUUGAACUUCGCCAUAAUUCAUGGGCGAAAUGCCAGAAUCAGGGUACGAGACAACAGCUCAGAAAAAGCCCCUCGGAAUCAGAUUCCUCGAGUGGCUAAAAAAAGGCACUCUUUCCUACAAAACCUACCAAGUCAUCGUCUUGAUCGUAACAUUUCUAGCAUACGCCGCCUACCAUGCCGCCAGGAAGACGACAAGCAUUGUCAAGAGCGCUCUGGACCCUGCAUCCUCGAAGCUCGGCUCGACAGCCAAACUAUGGGAGAUCAAUUACGUGAGCCAGCCAACUGAAAGAAAACCCAUCACGCUUCCAUGGACGCUUGGUGAUGGAUGGGCGCCAUUCGACGGCGCCAAUGGAACUGGCUUGCUGGGAGAAGUCGAUCUCGCGUUUCUAGCAGUAUAUGCUAUGGGGAUGUACUUCUCGGGGCAUUUGGGUGACAGGAUGAACUUGAGAAUCUUCUUGACUAUUGGAAUGGUGGGCACUGGAGUGUUCACUUCACUCUUUGGAGCUGGAUAUUGGGCAGACAUCCACAACUUCUAUUACUUCCUGGCGGUUCAAAUGCUCGCGGGGUUGUUCCAAUCGACCGGUUGGCCUUCGGUUGUUGCAGUGGUGGGGAAUUGGUGUGGGAAGAAGAAGAGAGGUUUGAUCAUGGGGAUUUGGAAUGCUCAUACUUCGAUUGGCAACAUCUCAGGGUCUUUGAUUGCUGCUGCUAUGUUGAGCUAUGGAUGGGGUUGGUCGUUUGUUGUGCCUGGUUUUGUGAUUGCCUUUGUUGGAUUGCUUGUGUUUCUGUUCUUGCCGGUUAAUCCUUCCUCGGUUGGAGCUGACCGAGUUGAGGAGGAUGAAUCGAGCUCUCCGAAGAAGAGUAAUGGAGAGGAAGUGGGGCUCACUGAGCCUCUGCUGAGCUCGAGUUUCAAAGGUAAACAAGAAGCAGUUGGGUUCAUUGAAGCUUGGAAGAUCCCUGGAGUUGCUCCAUUUGCACUAUGCCUUUUCUUCUCCAAAUUGGUUGCCUACACUUUCCUCUACUGGCUUCCUUUCUACAUUAGCCACACAGCAAUUGAUGGGAAGUAUCUCUCAAGUGGUACAGCAGGCAACUUGUCCACCCUGUUCGAUGUGGGAGGUGUGGUUGGAGGGAUCCUAGCCGGCCACAUUUCGGACCGUCUCAAUGCUAGAGCAAUUACCGCCGCAGGAUUCAUGUACUGUGCAAUUCCAGCACUCUACUUCUACCGCAGCUAUGGCAAUGUCUCGUUGACGAUGAACAUCGUCCUCAUGUUGAUUACCGGAAUGUUUGUGAAUGGACCUUAUGCACUCAUUACAACAGCAGUCUCGGCUGAUCUCGGAACGCAUAGCUCGUUGAAGGGGAAUUCGAGAGCUCUGGCUACCGUGACAGCCAUUAUAGAUGGAACAGGGUCAGUUGGGGCAGCAAUUGGACCAUUGCUGACAGGUUACAUCUCCGCAACGAGCUGGAGUGCAGUUUUCACAAUGCUGAUGGGGGCAGCUUUCGUUGCCGGUCUGCUGCUGACUAAGCUUGUGAUCGCCGAGGUGGGUGCCAAGAUCGCCGAGUCCUCGAGGUCUCAGGGGAGCCCGAGCCAGUCGAGUCAUCCAGUGGCCGAACUCGACGUUUGAAGUGGUUCUUAGGAGGACACAGCUCCAGAUUGGAGUUUAGUUCAGUUCAGUUCUUUGUACAUAUGAAGGAAGAAACACAUACCACAAUAGAGAAAACAAAACCUCUCUCUAUCUCUCUGUAUUUGCCAUUUGGCCAUUCUUGGGGGAUGGUUUUUAGUUUUCUUUUGGGAAAUGUCUGGCCAAGAGAGAAGAGAAGGGGUGUGGUGGCGUGGGUGAUUGUUGUCUGUCUCUGCAAAUCUGCAAUCCUUUUUUUGUAAUAGUAUACACCAUUGAACUAUAUAUUGUACGAGCUUUGUAAGCUUUCUUUGAAAGGGAAAUUGCGGCAUUGAGAGGGAUAAGGGUGAUGUAAUAGUUCUUUGGCUUUGUACGGUGACUAGUUUUACUUGUGAACUGUGACACCGAUUUCUUGGACUGUGACGAUGCAGAAUCACAUGGUAUGGUGACAGAAUGGGGAAGAAGUGGCACGGACAGGGGAAGCAGCUGGCAGGACGGCAGUGGUGGCGAAGUUUGGAGCGGCCGGCCCGUGUUCUUGAACCUGGUUUUGCCAAAUAACAAUGCUAGGAAAUAUAAAAAAAGCAUUACCCGUUCAUUUCACCACCAGAUCUGAGAUGUGCAACUUCACUUGGUGUUGUGACUUGUGAGGGUACACAAAAGAA